AUGACCAUGUCCGAGACAUCCGUCUUCGACAUCGACUAUCCCUUUCCCGACCUCGACCCCGCUCGAGCACGCGAGUCACUCCGCUUCGCUGCUGCGGAGCUGUCAGAUCGAGGUCUGGCCUCUUCCUCCAGAUGGACGCUCGAGCUGCUUCAAUCGGUCCCCUACACCGCUGCCACAAACGAGGGGCUACUUCAGUCGAAACCCGAUCGCCUGGACAGUUCGGCACUAGCUACAUCCACGCCUGCGGCGAAACGACCCUCUCAUGCUCGACAACUCGUUCCAGAGCACUCGACGCCAGCGCUCGGCAUGCACCAGCGCAUGUCGGUCGAGCCUGGCACUGAGAACGAGUCGCUAGAAGGCGUCUCCGGAAGGUUUGCAGCCAGUUCUUUUGCCUCAUCGCCUCUCGCCAGCCAUCGUCUCGGUCACGUGCUGUCCCCGAGACUCGACGCGGAUACCUCCCUUAUCACGGUGGAUAGUGAGGAUGGAGACGCUCCGGGAUCUGCGCACGUACACUGGCAGUCGAACACCAACUCGGUCGACUACUCCCCUGGCGCAUCACAGCAACGUCUCGGUAGCGCGUCGUCUGCGGCGUCCGUUCUCGAAGAGGAAACGUAUCUCUUAGCGAAGAGCCACUUUGACCAACACCAACUCGAACGCUGCAUCUGGGUGCUGGAGAGCAGUAAGAGCUCGUCCGAUAAGGCACGCUUCUUGCGCCUCUACGCUCGCUUCUUGAUGUCCGAACGCAAGCUGGACGAGCACGGCAUGAUCAUCCCCAAGCCAACCGGAACACUGCCCGCCACCUCACCGAGCUUGAUCUCCAUCCUCAAAGACCUCAUCGACGCAUCCGACCCCUUUCUCCUCUUUCUCAAAGGAGCGAUCCUUCGCAAGCUCAAUCGACCGAUCGAAGCGAUGGACUGCCUCCUCCGUUCUGUGCAGAGCUUUGCGUACAACUGGGCCGCUUGGCAGGAGCUGGCAAUGACGCUCGAACCGGGCGAAGCAGACCAGAUGGCCGAUCUGCUGCCCGAGUCCUUCAUGGUCAGCUUCUUCCGCGAGUUUCUCGACCGCCACUCUGCGCAGGAAGGCGACCUUACCAUCGCGCGCAUAGACCGACUCCUCGAAUCAUUCCCACGCUCGGCAUACCUGCUCACCUGUCGCGCUCAAACCAACGUCCACCGCCUCGACUACAUCGAAGCGGAACAGGACUUCCAGGAAGCCUGGUCGCUCGAUCCGUACCGCAUCGACGGCCUGGCCGACUACUCGAAUGCGCUCUAUCUGCUCAACCGCAGCGCCGAGCUGGCCCACCUCGCGCACAAGUUCAGCUCGUUCGCCAAGGACCGUCCCGAGGUCUGCUGUCUGGUCGGCAACUACUACAACCAGCGUGGCGACCAUCACCGCGCCAUCGAGGCGUUCCGCCAUGCCCUUCGCCUUGAUGCCGGUUGCGUCCCUGCCUGGAUCCUCCUCGGCCACGAAUACAUCGAGCUGAAGAACUCGCACGCUGCGGCAGAAAUGUAUCGACGAGCGCUCAAGAUCAUCCCGCGCGAGUACCGCGCGCUGUACGGCCUGGGCCAAAUAUACGAGCUCACCGGCGCCUACACGUACGCCGUCAACUACUUUCAGAAGUGCGCCGCGAUCCGACCGUACGACGGACGGAUGUGGUCGAGUAUGGGCGUCUGCUAUGAUCAGUUGGGACGCGCACAGGAUGCCAUCUCGUGCUUCAAACGAUGCUUGGCAUGUCGGCUCAACCAAGGCGAUACAGUGGCGGGACUCAACAGGAUCAUCGAAGUGUACGAGAAGGCGCGCGACUUUGAGGCCGCGGCUUCGUAUCACAGGCGGCUGGUGCAGGUGGUCGACCGCGCUUCGACGGGCGCCGAGUCCAACGUCGUCGCGCGCUACGCCAGGUCGUACAUUAUCGCAGCCCGAUGGGAGAUGGGCGAGAUUGGUUCGAAAGCAGCUCAGCAGCAAGCAGCCGACGAGAUGGAUGAUGCCGAGCCAGAAGGUCCCAAGGUGGGCAACCUGGCACUGGCCAACGACUAUCUGCAGAAGGUCAUCGCCGCGGGGACGGAAAUGACGGACAGCGCAGAGAUCUUGCUCAAGCGCUUGGCGUUUCUGCGAGAUUGA